AAAGUGUAUAAUUAAAAAGUAAAAAACAUUAAGGCUUAGAUAUAUAUUAUUUAUUAAAUAUUUUUCUAGGAUAUUUUAAUUUUCUUGCUUUGCUCCUUUUCUUCUUUUAUUUUGAGCCUUUCUUCCUGUUUCUGAAGUCUAAUUCUUUUUUUUUUCUUGUAUAGCCUCUUCUUUUAGUUUUCUUUAAUCAUACGAAUUGUCACAAAGAACUUCAAACAUGAAUUUAAAAACUCCAUAGAAUAAUAAUAGAUACCUGUCCACCUUUGGGCGAAAGCAUUACACCCGUUUCGUCUAGAUUAAAGACGCGAUCAGGAGGAAGUUCCAGAAGAUCUUUGGAUUUUAAAUAUUCAUGAGUUUUCUCAAACUACUCAGUGAUGUCCUCAGUGGUAAUACCAGCUCUUUGGGUUGUGUAUGCUUCUGGUGUACGAAGUCUCAAUUCUGGGUAUCUGUUCAAAAAGCUCUUGAACCAAGAGUAUCCUGGCCUUCCAUCGGUGAACUCGUUGACAAUCUUGAACUUCUUACAAAUAAUUUGCACAGUGUUGAGGACUUGAUCUUUUGUUAUAGGAUGCCACUUGUCACUGCAUCCUAAAAUCCAUUCAACGAGCUCAUCUUCUAUAUCUUUUGGCAGCGUAGGAGGCCUUCCCCCAGAGCAUUCUUCCGGACAUUUCCCGGUCAGCUUAUUAAAAAGUGUUGUUCUUGGCACCCCAAAUAAUACUGACACCUGACUUAGUGACUUUCCUUGACGAAAAGCUUCCAGUGCUUUGUUCACUUAGUCUUGAGUAUAGGAUUUGUACUUUUUCAAUUUAUUUGCCUUUUUACCCAUCUGAAAUAAAAAGAAAACCCCUGCAAUACAAUCGUAUCUCCGGAUGUCCAACUUGUCACUUUUGCUCACGCUUCAAAUAAGCACUUUUUCUUCAUACAGUUAGUAAUUAUAUCAAAUAAAACCAUUACGUACCGUUAACUAUCGAGAUUAAACACUUUAUUCCACUAAAAUUUGCCAGAAAUAUUGAGAAAUGUCAACAGAACCGAAAAACCAAAGUCACUCUUCUUGUGUUUUUAUUAGGAAAAAAUGGCCGAUCGAUGUAUUUUUUCGACGGUGAAAAGUUACACUGUCAAUUGAGGUGAGAAUUUUAUACGUUAAAUCUUAUUCAUAUGAAUGGAUUUUCACUUUAUUUGCAGCACAAGGAACCAAAUAAUUAAACUAUAACAUAGAAAAAUUUACAAAUUUAAAUUUAGUACUGUAUUUAUCAAGAAAAAAUUGCCCGCCCAACUUGUACCAGCGAAAUUUUCCAACUUUUGCCAUUGUCCAACUUGUACCAAUUUACCCUACUGGUCGUUUCUGCAAUGCCGAAGAGAAAUUGUAUGAUAAUACGUUGAAAUAUAACAGAAUUUAAUUACAAUGCCUUGAAAAUCAUUUUCUUUAAAAAAGCCGUCGCAACUUGGCUUUGCGGCCGCCAAAAAUGUUUCGAUUCAUACCACUCAAAUUGACAGCAAAAUGUCGUUGGAAUCAGAAUUCAAAUACCAGAAGACAGAGACAAAAGAUAUCGUGGUGUCACUCUCUAUUUAUGUAGUGAGCACACCUUCUUAAGUCAUUACACCAUGUGGCCCACCUUAUUACUUUGUUAUUUGUUUUCAUUCAUCUUGGUUGAAAGGAUCCUCCUCAGUAUGAAUACCUUUCAUUUUCACCACAUUGCAAUAUGCGUAUGGUCAACCGGGCUUGUAUUUGACACAAAACUGACUCAAGAGCGCGCCAAAAAGUAGAUUAAUUAGCAUUUUCUGUUGCUGACAUUUAGGCGCUUGUGCCACUCUUUGAACUGUUGAAAGGUUUUUCCCCUGUUUCUAUGACAGCACCCAGCCAGCGCCCUCUGUAAUUGCCUAAUUGUCAGGCGCUCUAUUCCAUUUGCCAGAAGAAAAAGUAAAAAAAAAAGGGGAUGGGGCGAAUUUUCCCAUCGAGAAAAAGGGGUUGGAAAUGCGUUUGCGCGACAAUUUGGUUUUUCCUUUCUCUCGUGUGUCAACAAGGGCAAGAUAUUGGUGGUACGAAAAAAAGGGGUUGCUGAGUGAGAGAGAGAGAGAGAGAUAGAGAGGGAGAAAAAAGAGAAAAUUUGUGGAGAAGGAAAAUAAAGUUUUGCUGCAAAAAUUUUCUAUUCUCCAUUUCUUAACACAAAAAAUAACCACAAGAUUUUUUCGUUUUUAAGAGAAAAAAAAGACAGUUUUAAGAAGGAUAGAGAAGUGGACAAAAACUUAAAACAUUUUUAAAUGAGAAAUUUUUUAGUGUUUAGUGAUUUAUUCUUCUAAUUUUUCUUUUUUUUUGUUAAUUUGUGUGUUUGUGUGCUAAAAGGGCAACGUUUAAAAGGAAAAUAGGAAAAGUCCACAGAGAGAGAGACAGUGAUUUUCUGAAGGGAAAAAAGGAAGAAAAGUGCAAAGGACACGAAAGUGGUAGCUUUUUGGGGUUAUUUGGAUGGUCAAUUGAGAGAAAAUUUUGUCCGGGGUUGUUUUUUUUUUUUUUUUGGGGGGGAACACCUGGCGCCUCUCUUUUCCUCAGCCCCCGCAGCAUUGACGGAACAAAAAAAAAGGCGAAUUCCUGAGCCACAGCAAAAGGUACACAGAAAAAAAGGGGGCGACAGGAACAAGAAGAAAAAGAAGAAGAACCUCUGUGGGAGGGGCUAAAAAGGAAGAGAGAAGUGAAGUGAUUUUCCAGUUUUUUUUGCAAAGUAUUGUGGUUUGGUAUGUUGUCGCGAUAUGUCAAUAACUAUUCAGGGGGAUCUGGACACCAUCAUCAUGGGCAGCAAGUACCAAUAAAUCCACAAAUGCCACUGAAUUUGGUGGCAGAGCCAAAGGGCGGUGUAGGAGGAGGAGGAGGAGGAGGGGGAGGUGGAGGUGGUGCUAAAAGUCACGAUUACCAUGUGAUAAAUUCACAAGUAUCACCAUCUGGUCACUUUCGCAUCAUUCAUCAAAGGGCGGAUGGGUUCCAUGCACCAGCAACAUCUGCAGCAUUCAGUGGACAGUCGGUGGGUGGACAACAACAGCCACCAUCAUCCCAGCAACCACCUCAGAAUCCCAUCCAGAGAGCCAUGAAUCAGGCAGCACCACAGCAAUCACAAACUGGUCAACCAGCACCGCCUGAUAUGCAAAAAAUGGCCCAACCACAGCAAACACUGUCAGCCUAUGCCCAACAGACACGUCAAGGUGCCGCCACUGGUCAACCACCAUCAAUUUAUUCGCGCAACAAUGGAUCAAAUGCACCAACAAAUCGCAAUAGGGGUCCAUCAAUAAUGUCAUCACCAAUGUUUGCUGCCUCACCACAUGGUAUACCACAGCAUUUGCUAAUGACACAAUUUCCAACUGGCCUGGCACCAGGUGCCUUCAAUUCUCAACCACGUCAGACCCAAAAUCAAAUCUAUCAGCAGCACAAUCAGGUGCAAUUCAAUCAGGCCACCCACAUUCAACCGCCCAGCUUUGCAACAUAUCCCUACUUUGUGUCACAGCCACAGUACCUUCAGCAACGUCCAAAUGCCACGGCACCAUUGGGUGUUAGUCAGGGUGGACAGACACUGGCACCGACAUCAUCACAGCCUGGCAUUUCAAUUCCACCGACAGCACUGCCACCGUCGGCCAUUAAUACAGCUGCAAAUGUUGGGGGACCACCUGGUGGACAGAGUGGUACAUCAGCUGGAUCAGGAAACAAUCGUCGACAGCAUGCACUCAAGGUGAUUGAUCCAAAUUCCGGAAUGGACAUUCUCGAUGAAUAUCUUAAAGGGAAUACAUCGCGUACACAGAGUCCAGCUGCAGCUGCUGCAACAGUGACAGCUGCUGUCACAAGUAGCUCAGAUACCGUUGUACAAUUUGGUACGACAGUUGUAACAACAAUGGCCACCACAGUCGAUGACAGCCGAAAUGCUGUUGGCGGUGUUGGUGGUGGUCCUGGAAGUGGAAGUGGAAGUGGUAGUGUUGGUAGUGGAAGUGCUGGAGGUCCAAUUGACGGUACAAUACGACCGGAUUAUGGGACAGUGAUUGACAUGAGACUACCACAGACAGCACCAGAUCAUCUUGGUACAAUGACACCAGUUGUCAGUGCCAUUUCCGAUGGUCCGGCCGUCGAUAUAACGCCCAAACAGACGCAAAAUAAGAAGAAGAUAAAACCAACAGAGACUGCCGGAGGAGGAGGAGGAGGAGGAGGAGGUGGUGGUGGUGGUGGAGGGGAUAAGAAGGAUGUUAGCCAAGUGGUUCCAGUUGCAGCACCAGAAGUCACCACGGAUGCGACAGUUGCAGCAGUUGCUGUGACAGCUGUCAGUGAAACAAUUAAUUCACUUGACAACAAUCCCGACAGCACCAGUAGAACUACACCAGCUGCAACGACGGAUGCUGUGAUUGCUGCCAAUGCAAAUAUCAGCAACAAUAAUGUCGUUGGAUCGAAGACUGUAACGGUUUUGGCUGAUGAAAUGCCAAAUAGAAUUGAUACAACAAUGACAGUUACGACAACAAUGGAGCUCGAAGGUGGCAAUAAUAAUAAUUUGCGAGAGACAACAACAACAACAACAACAGCAACAGAUAGCAGCAUUAUUAGUGAUAAUGUUAUGUCAAAUGUUGUUGAAAAUCAAUUGACUCCUUCAGUGGUUCAAACUGGCCAAAUGCUCAUGAAUAACAAUGGCGAAGAUGGCGGCGGCGGCGGCGGUGUUGGCGGGGGUGUUGAUGGAAGUGAUUUAGCGAAUGAUGAUGGAAAAGGUGAUGGAAAUAGUGUUGCAACAACACUAUCAUCAUCCCUUCCUGCUGACAGUAAUGAAAAUGUCACUGUGAUGGCAGCACCAUCAAUUGAUGAGACUGACGAGGCGCCAUCUGUGCUGGAGGAUCAGCAACAGCAUCAGAAUCAUCAGGAGCGAAUGGAAAAGGUAGCAUCAGCAGAAAUAUCAUCAAUUGCUUCUGCUGUUGCUACUGAGGAGGCUGUGAAGGAUAUACAGUUGGAUGAUACGAAGACAAGUGGCGGAGGCGGAGGAGGCGGAGGAGGAGGAAGUGGUACUGGACCAGUUGGUGGACAAUCAACAGCGCCAUCAGUAGAACGAACAGUAGCACUUAUUGUCUACGAUGAAGGACAAUGGAGUCCAUUGAAUCCAGACGGAAAACGGUAUUACACACCGGAACAAUUGAGAAAAUUGUCAGAAAGUCCAAGGAGUAAAUUGAAGCCGGACGUUAAGUUCGAGCAUAUCCUCAAGAAGCCACGUGGUGAGGCAAGUGGAGGUGGAUCAGGUGGAGGAUAUCAAAUGGGCAUGGGAGAGAGAAAAUUGGCGACUGGAAGGGGCGGCGAAAGUACCCUUCUGCCCCAUUUUGCACUAAAUCUCUCAAUGCAACGCAGUACAGGAAAUCAACCACCAGGAACAUACAAAAGGGUGAGUCAGCAAGGUAGUAAAUCAAGUGGAGGAGGCGGAAGUGGUGGUGGACAGUCUCAAGGGAAGAAUCCAACAAAGAGUCUAGUCCAUGUAACCCUAUCACUCAAAGAAGAUGUCAAACUCAAUGAAACUGAAAAUGCCUGGCGUCCAAGUCACCUCAAAGCACCGGAAAAUGUGGCCGAUGAAGAGAGAAUAACUGAGGAAUUGUAUAAGAAAUUCCGAUGUAUUCUCAAUAAAUUGACACCGGAAAAAUUCAAUGUACUCGUAGGCCAAGUUAAAUCACUGAAAAUUGAUACGGAUGAACGACUAAAUGGAUGCAUUGAAUUAGUAUUUGAGAAGGCUGUCAGUGAACCAAAUUUUUCUGUAGCCUAUGCUCAAUUGUGCAAACAAAUAUCAACAAUAAGUGUUCAACCAUCUGGUGCAACAGUAUCAUCAUCUACGUCAUCGUCUACGGCCGAAAAUGGUAGUGAUGGUCAACAGCAACAGUCGGCAACGAAGCCAACAAAUGAACAGCAACAGUAUAUGUUUAGGAAAACCCUUUUGAAUCGGUGUCAGGCUGAAUUUCACACAAUUAGUGCACAGACAGCUGCACAGGAAAAACGUGUACUACGUGCUGAUGAAUUUAAAGAUGAACCAGAACGUCUUGAAGAGUAUAAAUUGAUGUUGGAGGAAGAAGAGAGAAAAUUGCGAUGGCGUGCACUUGGUACUGUACGUUUUAUCGGUGAACUAUUCAAAUCGGACAUGCUGACGUCGGGCAUCAUGAAUAAUUGUAUAGCAAUUCUCAUGAAUAAUCGCCAUGAAGAUAGUCUUGAGUGUCUGUGUAAACUCCUAACGACAAUCGGACAGAGACUAGAUCAGGCAAUGUUGGUGGAUUAUUUUGUGAAAUUGCAGGAAAUUGUUGAUAAUCGACGACAACAUAAGAUUAGCAGUCGAGUGAGAUUCAUGAUUCAGGAUUUAAUUGAUCUGAAGAAGAACAAAUGGAUACCAAGGAGACCAGAUCUCAAGCCCAAAACGAUCGUUCAGAUUCAGAAGGAGGCAGAAGCUGAAUACAACAAUCAAGCAAUUGGUGGUGCCACUGGUGGCGGCUACCAGAUUAAUCAGCGUGAUAGGCAUCGUGGUGGUGGAUCUGGAGGUGGAUCCGGUGGUGGCUACAGCAAAGGAAGUAGUCACGGUGGUGGAGGCGGUGAGAGACAGAGUUCCGGAGGCGGUGGGAAGAUCAAUGAAGACGGAUGGACACUUCAGAAUGCUAAAAGUGGACGAAGUACGGCUGUUGACACCAAAAAACUCAGUGUUAAGGCCACAAAUAUUGACCAACAUACGCCACUUGGUACGGCUCAGACGUACAAAUGGCAACCACAGUCGACAAAUAUGUACCAGGCUCUCAGUGACAUGGAUAAUCAACGAUCGGACAGUAGUUCGGGUCAGGGUAAGGGUAGUAGCAAGGGUUUUGGUGGCUUCAGCAAAGGAUCAACUGAGCGUGAACGGUACGAAGGACGUGGAUCUCAGCACAAAUCACGGGAAAAUUCAACAACACGCAGCGCCGCCUCGCGGAGUCUUCAGGCACCAGCUAGGCCACAGGGUCCGGCUGGUCGUAUGCCAUAUGCAUCAAUGGCUAGUACAUCUCAAGGUGGCAGUACACGUAGCAGUUCAACGGCAGCCGUUGAAAAGGCUGUACAACAGGAAAAACCAUCAGGAAGUUCAUCGAGUCUAGGGCAUCAACAGACACAGCAACAACAGCAGCAACAGAAGCAACAGGUGCAGCAGUUAACUGAGGAAGAACUGACAGAGAUUGCCAGUAAAAUCCGACGUCGUUGGACGGAAAUGGUGAUGGAAGUUGUUGAGGGUUACACUAAAGUUGAUCAGUGUAUGGAUGAUAUUGAGAAGGUGCCAGAGGAACAUCGACAUUUGGGCAUUAGGGAGAUUUAUGAUGCAAUGUUGGAGCAAAAGAAGAAACAUCGUAUGGCAACAGCUGAUAUUCUUGUUCAUGCUGUUAGGAAUUCAAGAGCAUUGAGUAUUGAUACCUAUUUGCAUGGACUCCGACUCCAUAUGGAUGGUAUCGAUGAGAUUGCCAUCGAUGUGCCAAUGAUCUUUGAGUUCAUUCCUGAAUAUUUGGGUCCAAUGAUCCUUGCCAAAAUCAUAACACUAAAGACACUCGCAAUGGUGUCGGAAAAUCUGAUAAAGGCAAAUCUUGGUGGUAAUCUUCUGCAGCAUCUUCUGAGAUAUUUAAUAUUUAAACGUGAUGCUGCAUAUGUACUGGAUUUGUGGGAGAAGAGUCAGGUUAAAUGGACUGAUUUUAUGUCACCUUCCAAAGUAGAUGAAUUUAUAGCCAUAAAUAAUUUCAACUUUCUCAUCAACAAGGACUUCACCACUUACCAAUCAACGAGCUCAACUACUGUUCCACUCGAUCGUUGUGUUCAUGAGCGCCUUAAGGAAUUGAUUGUGUCCAAUUCUUCCUAUGAUACCAUUGAAGAAUGGAUUGCGGCAAAUAUUGGGACAAUUGAUAAGAAUUUCAUAAGAAUCCUCACAACGGUGGUGAUUGAGUCGUGCCUCUAUCCCAAUUACAAGGUCAAUGGACCUCUUCUGGAGCAACAAUGUCGCCUCCUGACCCGAUACAUUGAGAAUACGGAAGAAUUUGAGAUGCAGUGCCUGUUUGCCAUUCAGAAGCUCAUCUUUAAACUGGAACAUCCGUCAGGUCUAAUGAAUCACAUCUUCGUCACACUUUACGAGAUGGAAGUUCUAUCGUCGGAUUCAUUUAAGAACUGGCUAGAAUCACCAGAAGAACCAGAAGGCAAAGGUGUUGCUGUAAAGUCUCUCCAUUCCUUCUUCACACACCUCUUCAUCAAUGACUUUUCCGAUGACAAUGACUGAAUGAUUGCAAUAACUCCAAAAAAAUGGCUGACUUUUGGCUGAAAGAGAAGGAAAAGAAGAAAGAAAGAAAAACAAAGUGAAAUGCGUGUGCCCAUGGUGUUGAUAAGAAGAAGAAGAAAAAAUGAAACAAAAAUUAACAAUUUAAAAAAAAAAGGAGAAUAAUUUUAAGGGGUUGGGCGGGAAGCAGUGAAAGUAAGUAGGUAAAUUAAAGAAGAAGAAAAAACAAAAGAAAAAAAGAAUAUUUUUUGCUAAAGGAAGAAAAUUGUGAAGAGAUGAAUUAUUAUUAUUUUUUUUUUAAUUGAAUUGUUUUUUUUUUUUUCAUGGGAAAUAUUCUGAAAAUCGUGAGAAAAAAUUAUAAAGCAGAAAAAGAAUAAUUUAUUAAAAAAAAAAGAAAAGUAAAUUGUAAAUAUUGCAAAAGAGAAAAGGAAUUAAACAUUUUCUGGGGGGAGAGACGGGAAGAAAAAUUUUCAUGAGAAAUUGUAUAGAAAAGGAAAAUUGUAUUGUGGAAAAUUUAUUUGAAGUUUUUUUUUCUUUUUUCUUUUGUUUUUUAAAGAUGGAUCAUUCAGAUAGCUUAAAAGAAAAAAAGCAUGGGAUAGUUAUUAUUUUCUUUACCUUUUUUUAUUAUUAUUAUUAUUAUUGCUAUUAUUGCUAUUAUUGACAGAUUUAUUGAUGAAUUAAUCUAAUCGACCAUUGAGAAAGGAUAUACUAAAGAUUUUUCUUUUUCUUUUUAAUAAAAUUGAACAAAAAAAAAAGAAGAGAAAAACUUAGAAAAAAAAAGAAAGGGAUAUAGAAAUGAUUUAAUGAUGAAAUUAUUUAAUUAAAAAAAAAAAAACAGAAGAACGAGAAAAAAAGAAAAGAAAAUGAAGAUUUAAGGAUUAUCUAGUGAAUUAGAGGAGGAUUAUAUUUAAAUAAAAGAAAUAUAUAUAUAUAUAUAUAUAUAAAUAUAUAAAUAUUAUUAGAAAUAGAAGGAAAACUGUAAAUUUUGCUAUUGAAUGAAAAAGAAGAAGAAAAAGUAAAAAUGAAAGAGAAAUAAAAGAGAAAUAAUGUCAACAAGAAAAUGAAUUAGAGAAAAAAAAAACAAGAAGAAAAAUAAUCGCAAAAGCGCGAAUACAGAUUAAAAAAAAAAAGAAAAUUUCUACUCUAAGAAAAACAAAAAAAACAAAAAAUUACUCAUUUUUUCUAUUUUGGUUUUUUCCUUCUAAAAUGAAUUUUUUUUUUAGAAAAAAGAAGCAUCUUUUUGUUUUUAUUUCACCAAUUUUUCUUUUGCAUAAAAUUAUAAGUAAUCAUAUUAAAAACAAAAAAAAAAUGUCAAAAUAUAUACUUCUUUUUUCUGUUCAUUUUUUUUAUAUUUGUAAUGCAAUUUACGCAAAAUGCGCGCGAAGCAAAAGUUUGAAAAAUUGCAAAAGAAAAAAAGAAGGAGAAAGUAAUAAUUAAAGAAAGAAGAAAAAAAACAAAAAAA